AUGCGCUACGAAAAUUGGGAUGUGCUUAUCUUCCCUGAAACUUCCAAGGUGCCUCUCCAAGAAUUCAAGACGCAAUGUUUUGUCACCAAGGACAAAGAAUCUCCCUACCUGCACAGCCCAGCCCUUAUCAACCCAGCCUCAUGCUCCAUACCACAAGGCAAUCUGGGACAGUUGCCGGUUUUGACUACGUUCAUUCCAAGCUUGCGUCAAAAUACUCCUUUUCGAGUGUCCAUUCAUAGCUGGGAUAGGCCUGUGCCUAGCCGGUUCAUGGAAAGUCUUCUUCAGCCAGAUGAUUCAUUGCUCUUUGAAGUCCGCGUCUUCAUCGACGGGCUUUGCGUGUCCGGUAGUGUGUUUACUCAGAGAUCCUCUUGGCCUCAUGUUCUCGAUGUCGAUAAAAGCGGCAACCAAGAUUGUCUCCGUUUCCCUACGUUUCACCAUGAAAUCCUGAAGCAACCGCAUUGGGAUGCUGGUGAACUCUACGGCAGGAUCAGGGUAGUAAUUGCUGAAGGGUUUUCGCGACCUCACCGCUCGCCCCCCUUCGAACGUGUGAAAGAAGUCAUCGUAUUUGCUUUCCAGCAUGCUCCUCUCCAGAUUCUUGAAUACUCCGAAAUUGCCUGGCCGAAUCCCUCUAUGUGGACGCGUGAGCCCCGGCUGUUUAAGUACAACUCUAGGUGUGCUAUAAGCAAUAUGAAAGAACCUGAAGAUAGCCACGCGCACUCACCUUCAAGAAAUGAAGGUCGACAGAUCUUGGCCACUAGAAGCCAGACCAGCAACCAAUCUGGGUGCAGCUCUUGGACUUACCGCAAUUAUCAGCGGCAGGUACCCCAAUGGCAAGGCCAACCAGGCGAGUCCAGAUGGCUGCCUCAAGAACAAUUCGUAACAGAUCCCUUCAUUGACCCCUGCGUGCUCGACCCGGCUGCACGCCACCGAGGAGCUAGAGCGUCCUGGGAAGAUGUGCCUAUGCCGGACUAUACGUCCAACUCCAGUAGCAGUCGCGCCAUUUCAAGCAUGACGGGCAUCAGUUAUGAACACAGCAAGCAUCCUAGCAUCGUCACCCCUAUCGACGAGGAGUCGUACACUCAGUUAUUAGAAGCGCUGAGUCCUGCACCCCUCAACUGUGGCACGUAUGCGCCAACAAACACACCUUCGACUGCGCUGCCCAUGGGGGCUAAGCUUUCGGCGGCAGCGAGAGCUCGAUCUGCGUCUUACUCGAAGAGUACAGGACGAGCAUCCGAAUUGAGAGAGACAUCGGUGCCCGAGACCAGGGAAAUGUCGGCUUCAAGCACGAAGACAAACCCGGCUGCUGAAGCUGCAGCAACAGGCAAGGUGCAUGCCAGUCCCAGCACGCAUGUCAAGAGUCGCAAGGAAGGUCUAUCUUACGAGAACAAAGAGAAUGAAAUCUCGAUAGAGACAUCUGGGAAGGAUAGUGGCAAAGCUCGCCAGACACCGCUGAGGCCUACAGUACGUACCAGCGGAGUUAUGGGUACGCCAACCGAGCCCAAGGCGGAUCUAUCAUCUGGCUCUGCUGGUGGAAGCGAGGACCUUUGCGAAUACAAACAGGUACCCAUCUUGCUGUCUCCCACUAAAGACUUACCUAUGGGUGGACACCUGGUUCAUCAUGCGAACCUUGAUGGCUCCCUUGAGACGAGACCGCCGCUUGCUGUCAGCACGGCCUUGGAUGUGGCAGAGAUCGAUUAG